AUCGAUAAACUUGGAUCUCGAACAAAAUAUUCAUGCUUAUGUUUUGUGCAUUUUUAUAACACAAGCAAAUUGCAACAUGUAUUUCUAAACUGAUUUAUAAAUACUCUUUGAUGGAUAUACUAGUAGAUUGUUAAACAUAACAUCAAUACAUUCUACGAAGCAAUGAAUGGCUUACGUUAUUUUUUCGCUCUCCUAGCGUUAACGACAACUAACCGUCUCCACGUUACGUCAGAAACGGUGGACUGUUCAUACCGCCUUGACCUGGGCGGAGGAACUGUGUGUAAUUAUAAUGUUGACAACGCGGCAGACUCGAACAGUUACGUGAGUUACGCGAUCUACUGCUACAACGACUAUACUUGCUGUGACAACGGCGCUGUCGGCUGCUGCUACAAUGGCCCCUCCAAGAAACUUUGGUCAACCGGUGAAAUACUGGGAUUUGUGCUCAAUGUGUCCGCCCUGGUGACGGUCGCCGUUCUCACAAUGGUCAUCUGUGGGGCCACCUAUUGCAACGACAAGGAAUAUGUCAGUCAUCUGUUCGCGCCCAAGAAGAUGAAGUGAUCCCGCAAAAGUCAUCUAGUCAUAUAAACAAAAUAACACUUAUACCAGAAAUUAAAAUAAGAUAUGAAAUAUGUAAAAUCGUUUUAUACCGUAAACAUCAAAGUUCGUUUUUUUUCUAGCUGGAGUUUAUAUCAAAUGCCUCGAAUAUAUAAAACACAUAUUUUAUAUUGAACAUUAUCGAUAAUGACUACAUUUCAUUUCAAUUUAUCUACCGAAAGUAGACAUAAAUUGCUUUAAAUAUAUAUAUAAAUUAUGUUUUCAA